CUUAAACAGAUUAGAAUAAAGCUUGCCUAAGAGAGACUGUACUGAAGAAUAAAGGCUCCUGGACUGGUAAUGUCACCUGACCGCCUGCCUUCCAUUGGUUCAUCUGGGACUAAAUCAACAGCCAAGCCAACCCACUCCUCUCCAGGUCUCCGGCACCCCCACCAGUCCAGUCGCAGAAAGCGUAACAGACAGCAGAAGACUUCUUUCUCCUCUGACACUCACCCUCAUCCAGGACCCUCCUCCAUCUUCCUCUCAGACGCCACCAUGACUCCUUGGGGAGGGCUGGCUCUGUCUGAGUCCUCCUUUGACUCAAUUCCCAAAAUACUUACUCCACGACCCUCUCCACCUCCACCCCCAGCCUCUCCUGUUCCCGAGCAAAUACCAUCAGCUACCCCAUAUCAUAGCAGGAGACAAGAAGACAGCUCAGGCUCAAGUUUUAACUCUCAAAUUCCACCUGUGGCAGUCACGCAAAACAGCGCAGGUGGAGCAGCUAAAGAUUUGCAGUUGAGGCGGAGGGUGUUGCCUCAGUGUCGGCUUCCUCGUGCCCCCCGUCUCCCACCGCUUCACCCCGUCACUGACCUCAGUUUCUCUCGGAGCUUCACUUUCUCCUUCUUCGAGCUGCCGCUGCACCAGUCUCCUCGCUGGCGUGCCGAGCGUGUCAAAAACCUCUUAUUGCUUUUGAAACAGAUACACUACUGA